AUGGAUGAAACAGAGGAAGCUGCAGCAGAGCCUUUAUGGAAGGUUAUUCGCCUUUCUCUACCAAUAAGUGAUCGCAAAACUCUUCUGGCUAUCGCUGUUGGAUUCGCUACCAUAACUGCAGGGACUACAUAUGUAUUUGUAAAAUACAGAGAGAAGAAGCGAGAAAAGUCAUCGGAGCAAUCUUCCACAUUAGAGGGCAGCGAGGAAGUAGAACUUGAUAGAACACCGCCUUCGACUAGUAGUCUAAAAGAUGUUUCUUGGAAAUGUAUAGAUCAGUUUAAACAUAUGAACCCUCCUCUCCGGUCGGUUAUCGCUGGUUCGGCUAUUGACGACAAGUUUAUUUAUUCGACGGGCAGUUCAGCUCUUAGUGAGAUAUCCCCCUAUUCGACGAAAUCUAUCUCUUCGCUUUCUGACACCGAACGUGCAAAAACGAGUUCUCGAAAGGAAGAACAAAUAGUCAAGAUAACACCAACUAAGAAACCGCAGGAGGGCUAUUUAGUAAAGAAAUCACCAUCCAAAAUUGAGCUAGCCAAAACACAAGAUCAGGACUCAGGCGAAUCAGACGAGAAUCGCGAGCGCUCACUUCUCCCUAAGGACAUACUACCUUCGAUCUCUCUUGAGGAAAGAGACGAGGGACCUCCACUAUCCAGACAAGUAGACGAUGAGGAACGGUCGUCGAUAUCGGUAUCAAUAGGAAGCUUAAGAGCACCCGUUGUUGAUAUAAAACCUGCUGCACAAUCAGUUCCGGAUGAAUUGAUUACAGGAAAAGUGGAGUUACGUGAAGGCAUCACAGAAAAAGUGAAGAGUGUCGUUAGCCAACCGAAAAUUAUACCCUCACCAAACCGAGAAACGCUUGCAAGUAAGGAAGUCCAAAAACAUCUCCAAAAACGUGGCACCUUCAAAGCAAUCAAAGCAUUGGAGAACGGUGAACUUGAAGCCGAGAAAACACUCAAAAGUCACACGACAUCAUAA